GGGUAAAGUGGAAGUGGUGAGCCGUUGUGCGUUGCGCGAGCUUGGGGAGUAGACAGUGUGGAAGAUGAAGUUCGAAGGCGGGCAGAUGAGGCCUAUCUGCUCGAAUCUCUGUCUUGGAGAUUCUUCAAGACGGUGAAGAGAAGGCGAGAGCUCGAUCGCUCUUGUGUUGCAGGGCGACACUGCAGACUGUCGAGCAGCUCACCUUCACCUCGUCUCCCCUCGCCAUCACCAUGGAGACGCGGCCGGUCCCGCGGUAUCUGGCCACCUGACUUAAAGGCUCUUUGCACAGAUUCGAACCGCCACUAUCAUCUACCACCUCCUCGUCAAUACUGCGAUUACACAAUUCUCGAUACACACACGCACUACACUCACAUCUUCAUCCCUCGCCAAUAUGCCGCCUAAGAAAAAGACUGCAGAUGGCGCCGAAGCAGCCGCUUCGGGUGGAGAGACCAAGUUCAGCUGGACUCCAGAGAACGACCGCAUUGUCCUACUCCUAUCAUUCGGUCGCAACAUCGGUCCAGCCGACUACGUGAAGUUUGUCACUGCUCUGCCUGCCGGCGCAAACUUUCAAGGGGUCCGCCAGCGCAUCUCUAAGCUGCGUAUGGAGCAGAAGAAGAAGUACGAGGACCUUGGCUGGGAGCUCACCACUGAGGCAACUGCGAAGGCCAAGGCGCCUGCCACGCCGAAGAAGCGCAAGGGCGGUGACGAGGAGGGCGGCGAGGAGACCCCUUCAAAGGCCAAAAACCCACGUGCUAAAAAGACCCUCAAGUUUGAGGAGACUGUUCAGGACGAUGACGAGGAGGCCGGUGACGUGAAGAGCGAGGAGGGCGUCAAAGAGGAGGCCGAUGAGGAAGUUUGAGUGAGCAUCGAUGGCAUGGUUUCUCGGGCUACGAGAACUUGGACUUGAUGGUAGCUACUAUUUAGUUCGCACAGUUCGCAACGUGAUUCAUAGAAGGGCCGUCUUGUGGAGGACGUUAAAGAGCCGUGGAGGUUCUCCUGGGUACAUUUGAGGCAUUGCAUAGCUAUGAAAUGCACACAUGUAAACACAUUUAAACUGCACCCAAAAGUCAUUUCAAUUCAGUCUGCACGACCGCCAUAGAAAUCUUCCGAGCCCGGCACAUUGCGAUGUUCCGCACCACGUCUCUCACCUUCACUUCGACAACUCACUAUCACCAUGGAAAUGGCGCCGAUCCCGCUCGAUCUCCAAGAUGAACCCACUGUCGCCCCAGGUUUUCUCCUGACUCUCAACGCGCCAAAGUCCUCACAAAUCUCACUAUCA